AAGAGCUGGCAUCAGAAAACAGCCAACGACUCAAGUAGCCCUCAUCAUAACAUUGAUCAACUGUUCACUGCUUGCAGACUGGUUUAGAGAUCCAUUGAUGGAUCACCAAAAUACGUGGUUUGGGACUCCUGACAAUAUGGAUUUAGGAAGAGAAACAUUCUACCAAGAAUACCUUGCACCUAAAGGUACAGUUGUGAAGCCCUAUUACUGGUUAACAAUGGACCAAAGCUGUACAAAGUGCCCUUAUCACAUACGAACAGGUGAAGAAGCAAGAGUCUCUUACAAAGAAUUUCACAAGGCCUUUGGAUUCCCAUAUGGUCCAAUGUGUGACCCAAACAACCACCUGAUCUUUUACGAACUGAGGCACUUCUCAGGCCAGUUAAUUCAAAAGGGCCAUGCAACAAGCUGCACAGAGUAUGACAUUCACCCAGAAUCAAUGUUAUUUGAGAUGGGCAGCUACCUUGACUCAAUGAUAUCCAACUACAAGAACAGCAACUACAUCAUCCUUUAUUCAAAUUACUCCCCUUGUAAUGAGGCCGAGCAUGGCUGCAUAAGCAAGAUUUACAAUUUCUUGACCAAAUAUCCAGACAUCACACUGUGUAUUUAUUUCUCACAGCUGUAUCACACAGAUGAAGAUUUUCCAGUUUCCCCUUGGAACUGUGAAGCUUUACGGAGCCUGGCCAGUAUGUGGCCGCGAGUUAGCCUCAGCCCAUUGUGUGGCAGCCUUUGGCACAACCUGCUCUCCAAUUUUGUGGCAAUUAUGCCUUGGGGGCCAUUUUACCAACCAAUUUUGCCUGUGAGAGCGUUGGCUGAUAGGCAAAACUCAAACCGACUUAAAAGCAUCACUGGGAUGAAGUUUCCUUUUAUGACUACCUCACCUCAGCCGAUCCCUGGGCCUAACCUGCAGCAGUACUAUUUUUCCAGUUCACACUCCCAGAUUCCACUACACAUGAUGACUGGCAGACUUCCCCCGCUGUUGAUGCUACCACCCCAUUCAACACCUUCCAUGAACAUUUCUCGUCCUCCCCUAAAACAACCGUUCUACCCCACAUUGGCCGUAAGGCACUUAAAAAUGCCAGAUGAGAUAUUUCAGGAAGUUGAAAGUUUAAGUGAUUCCAAGCAGGAAAUCCGUUCGAAUGGAAAUAAUUUCUGAGCAUCUUUCAACUAACUGAUCUGCUGAAUAUGAAGAUCACAGGAAGAAAAAGAAUUAAAGCCACCUUACCUAAAAGUCUAAUACAGGCAGAACCAAUUAUGUCAGUCCUAAUUGGCCACACAGCAAAAAGAUCAUGAGUAGGAGGCCUGGUGCUAAUUUACAUGUGAUGAACACAUAUUAUUUUCAUAUGUCAUGCAGAUAUUAUUUUCAUAUGACAUGCGGAUAUCCACAAUAGGCUUGCCAAAUUAGGUUUGCUGUUGGUAUUUGGCAAGUGCUAGUCACACAAUCCAGUAAUGAAGCAGUUAAUGUUGUGCAUACUUAUUAGUUAGUAAGGUCAGAAGUCAGUGACCACGUAAUUGGCCCCAAUUGGUCAAGUGGGCUAGCAUGAGAUACAUGCUGGAUCUGAUGUAGGAUGUAGGUAUAUAUCCUUUGUUCUCUCUCUACUUAUGCUCUUGAGUAGUAUAGUAGCCACUAUACUACUAAUAUAGCAAGCCAGUUGGAAAGAUAUUUUCUUGUUUUGUAUCCAAGUUUACCCUUCCCUACUUUUUAUAGUUGUAAACUUUGGCCACUUCCGCACAUGCAGAAUAAUGCACUUUCA